AUGGCCUUCGUGAAGAUAGAGACAGGAGGAUGCUGCAGAAGGUUCCUGAUCUGGAAUGACAUGGUGGUGACACACCAUCACUGUGUUGAAAUAGAUGAACUGGGGAGGCAGGAGAUUGGGGUACAUCACCGAAUCCCCCACCCAGAAUACAAUGAUGAGACAGAUGAAAAUGACAUCAUGCUGCUGCAGGCUGGGGAGAUCUUCGGGGGACAGGAAGCCGAGCCUCACUCCAGACCCUACAUGGCCUUUGUGAAGAUAGAGACAGAAAGAAAAGGAGGAGGAAUGUGUGGAGGGUUCCUGAUCCGGGAUGAUGUGGUGGUGACGGCAGCUUGUUGUAACUGCAACUUUGGCACCAUCACUGUGCUCCUGGGGGCCCACAACAUUUCUGUACAUGAACCUGGGAUCAUGCAGGAGAUCCAGGUACGUCAUCGAAUCUCCCACCCACAAUACAAUGAUGAAACAGAUGAAAAUGACAUCAUGCUGCUGCAGCUGAGGUGCAAAGCCAAUCUGACCGAGACUGUGGACACCAUCCUCUUACCCAGGAAUAAGGUGAAACUGGGGGCUGUGUGCAGUGUGGCCGGCUGGGGCCAGACUAGUAGCAAGGUAAAUGCCCAGUCCUCCCAGACCCUGCAGGAGGUGGAACUGACGGUCAUGAGCAAGGACAUCUGUCUGUCCCGACCCUAUCUGCGCUAUGACCCGUCCGUGAUGCUGUGCGUGGGGGAUCCCAAGGAGAGGAGGGCGUCCUUCCAGGGUGACUCCGGGGGCCCCCUGGUCUGUAAAGGGAAGGCCCAGGGCAUAGUCUCCCAUGGCAGCGCUGAUGGGUCACCACCCAGGCUGUUCACCAAGGUCUUCAAAUAUGUCUCCUGGAUCAAGAAAACUUUGCGCAAGCUGAAGCCUUAG